UUUCAUUCUAAAUACAAAAAGUGUGACAAUACGUGAAAGAAGCAGAAACCGAUAGCUCUACGACAUUUUCACGUGGUGCUUGCUGAUUCACGUCUCGUAAAAACGCAGCUGACACGUGGUUCGUGCGAGGGACGCGUUUUGUGGGUCAAUAUAAUUCCGGCGAAGGUGGGCGAGCGCGCCCGAGUGCGGACUCCGAACCCCGAAUAACCUCACUUCUCCGGUACAGUCGCCCGCGAAAUUAUUGACCAUCGAAAGCAACAAUGCAAUCAUAAACGCGUCGGCAUUACGGCGAUCAAUGAUUAAUCGCUUUCAACCGAUAUAAUUAAAAAUAUUCAGGGGAAUAUUGCGCCGUACAAAUAUAUUAUAUUCAUGUCAGAAUAAAUCGCGAGUCAAUUGACAUGGUAUUUCAAUGAAGAAACUCUCGCGGCUUGCGAUAUAACCCUUCCACCGACUGUACUUUUCCCGCUUGGUAUAGUCCACGGAAUAAAUAUUGUCUAUUCCAUUGUCGGAUCAAGUAUUGACUAUAGCAAUGUUAUUUUGCGAUUCGUUUUAGCGGCGAUUUAGACAAGAUUAGGAAGAUUAAUAAUUAAACGCGCCUGUCGCACAUUAUGUAAUCAUUUUGCCAAGAAUCUCGCAUAAAAUGACAAUCUGUCUUUCGCGGAUCGAUCUCCGCGGAAUGUACCGCGCCAUUCUUGGUACAGUCCGCGGGAUUCUAAUUGACAACUUAUACUCGCGAGAUUUCCAGCUCGCGAAAUAAUUGGAAGGCGAAGAUCCUCGGCGAACCAGGUUGACGAUAUACCAUAUGUCGACGCCGCUUUCCUCGCAUACGUCACGGCGUCGCGACCCCGUCAGCGUCCCGAUUGCGACCGAGAGACGCGUUGAGCGGGGACAAAAGAAUCUCGACUGACUGUACUGAGGCAGCGCGGACGGUAGUGGCAGUUGUAUUGACCGCGGCGAGUGUUUCUUGUUGUCGCGCGGGACGGGAGGCGCGUCUCGACGAGGAAGAGCCGGCGACGUGGCCGCGGUAAGCUUAUCGUGAAUCCGCAGCCGUUAAAAUUUGCAAGGCGACCGGGAAUCGGACGACAAUGUCGGCGAUCAAGAAACGACGGCGUUCGCCGUGGAAUUGAUCCUGGAUGCUACCGUCGUAGUGCGAGAAUAUCAUCAACGUGGAUCGAGCUCGUCCAGGAUGCUCGCGAGUGACCGCGAGGUCGGCCUCGAGUCUUGAAGGGAACUCAAACUCGACGAAAGCCACGUGGUUCGCGUUCCUUCACGUACGUCACACGUCGCGUGCGAUUUAAAUCUCUGAGCCUCUUAAGGUCAGCUAAGAUGGGCAAGACGAGAGGCGUCCACGAGACGACCCCCGAAUUGAGGAAUCGGAUGGUGGGAAUGUACGAGGCUGGUCUGGGUCUGCGAGAGAUUGCUGCCGCGAUCAAUUGCUCGCAACGUACGGUGAAGAGAUGGUUAAAUAGAUUUGACAAGGAAGGUACAGUGGAGACACGGGAACGAUGCGGUCGCAAAAGAGCCACUACUACAGAACAGGAUGAAGCGAUUAUUCGUCUAGCUACUCAAACACCCAUAACAGCAGCAAAAGCAGUGCUUCCAGCGUUAGGUCUUACCUGUUCCGUAGAUACUGUGAGAGAAAGGCUGCAUAAAGCUGGAAUUCACAAUUGGAGUCCUUCUCGCAAAUAUAUGCAAAGGAUUCCAUUGGGUGAAGCGGAUGGUGCAGCGAUUCAGCAGGCAGUAUGGCGACCAACCGGCACCCAAUUGGGCAAGAAGAAAACUUCCAAAGACUCAAGCAAAUCCGAGAAGAAUGGUACCACUAAGAAGAAGAAUCCAUCGAAGAAGAUCAAAUUUCUAGAGGUAUACGUCGAUGAUGGUGCACUACCCGAGACUCUGAAGCAAAACCAAAAUACCGAGCAGCAGCCGCAGCAGCAACAAGAGCAGGAAUUCGUAUUUCCUCAGCAAAAUCUUCCACCACCGCCUCCCGCACCUCAAGCCACCGAAAUGCAACCUUCUGCGCAACCUUUAUCAACGAGCCAGACGGAGUUUGGCAACGCGUUGGGCCUGGCGCAACAAUCGCAAUCCAUCUAUCAACAUCCGGGAUUGAAUAUGGUACAAAAUUGGCCAUUAGAUUUAGUACAAGGCAGUCACCAUUAUCCACAGGGACAACCGAUAUCCCAUGAGCACACUUUGCCGCAGCAGCAACAACUGCAAGAGCUGCACACGCAGCAGGAACAGCAACAGCAUCAUGCCCAACAAACCCAGCAGCAUGUGCAAGAGCAGUCGCGAUUGCAGGAUCAAUCGCAUCAGCAGAAUAUUCAGAAUACUCAUCAUCAUAAUCUCGAUCAGCAGCAAUUGCCGGUGGAGCAUCAGAUUCAACAGCAAAGCUUGCACUCUAGCAUAUCUAGCCCGGAGCAGACGAAUGCGAACAUAGUAUCUGAUAGUUCUUGUAGUUCCAACGAGAAUAGUCAAUCGUCUUGCGAGCCUCAGCAGAACAAGGAAUCGUCGAGGAAAAGUAAUAGAAAGUCUGAAUCGGAACGACAAAAAAAGAAGAAGAAGGGUGGCAAAGCGAAAGGGACAUUGGAGACUAGUGUGGAGAUCAGAAAUCGCAUGAUUGGAAUGUCUGAAGCUGGACUGUCGACUCUGUCCAUUGCUCUGGCGAUCGAUAGAUCGGAACGUACUGUUAAAAGAUGGUUAGAACGUUGGCAUAAGGAAGGCAAUGUGCAAACCAAGGAACGAAAGGGCCGACGUCGGAUCACUACCAAGGAACAAGACGAGGCCAUCGUCGCGAUGGCGACUCAGCAUCCUCUUACCGCCGCUAAAUACGUAGCGCCUGCGCUAGGUCUAAAAUGCAGUGUGGAUACAAUUAGAGAGAGGCUUCAUAAAGCUGGGAUACACAGCUGGAAAUUAGGCAAAAAGCAAGGAGAAGGAAAUGCUGUCCACACUGUUCACUUGUGGCAGCCGAGUGGUAAUCGCCCUAACAAACCGAAAAUGCCCGGAGAAAAGAAAAAGAAGAGUGCUGGUAAUAAAAGACGUGAUCAGAUAACGAACAGCAGUCAGAAACGCAUCGCGCGGAAAAAGAAGAACGACGAACCGUCGACAUCAAAACCGGCUCCGCCUCCAGCGAACAUAAUACCGGAACAGACUGUGUUACCGUUCCACAAUCCUGGAAACAUGACGAAUUACGCUUCAGCCCCUAACGUAAUGACAACGGUGCAUAAUAUAAGCGCACUGCCGCAACUACCUCCGCCACCACCACCACCACCACCACCGGUGCCGCAACCGAUGCAGCAGCAGCCGAUGGGUCCAAUAAUGCCACAGAGACCGGACUGCAGGCUAGCACCGACCAUAAUUCCGCCCGUGUCGAGCAAUUCCGGUGUCACCUAUCCGUCGUGCAUGGUCGGCGGUAACGGUCACAUGGAACAAACGGAUCCUCUAAAUUACGAGCCGUACAUUUGGAGUUUUUAAAUAUCAGUAAUGACAAUCUAAAUCACGUGCAGCAUAAUUGAAUGAAAAGGAAGUGUGCAUUUGAGCGAAUUCUCGCAUUUAUCGAUCUAGAGUUCUACAAUAUUUUGUUUUUAUAAAAAAAAACUCCAAAAACAUUUGAGAAUAAGUGAUACACAGAUCCUGUCAAUUUUACAUUAGGAAUUCUUUUGCACAGUUUAACUUGUGCAUAAAUUGCAAUAUUAGAAAAUACAAUCUCUGUACAUGUGCAAGAAGAAAGUUUGGUGAGUUUAUUGUUAUAUCUGUGAGAAAAAGUUAUAUUAACUUAAGAAUUUUUAUGAUACUAUGCAGUGCAUUUAGAUCAAUUUAAGUGAAUCAGCAUAAAGACGCGAUAGCAUGUACAUAUAGAAUACAUAUAGAAUCGUGUAGAGUAGCAAAAAUGUACAUCACGACGUUUAUUUUGCUAUGAUAUAUCGUCUCUUUAAAUAAUAUAGAGUCGUAAUCAGAAAUCGUAUUAAAUAUGUUAAAAAUCGAUAUUUAUACGAUACGAUUAGACUUCAUUAAAUCAAGAACAUUUUAUGUUAUUUUUAAUGGUUGAAAAAGAGAGAGAGAACAAAAUCUGAAUAUCAAAUGAAAUCAGUAGAAAGUAUAGAUAUCUGCUGAUUUAACAGAUAAACUACUUAUCAAUAAUUACAUAAAGAAUAGAAAGCCCAAGAAAAAACUUUUUAGCAAAUCCUCAGCAAUAGAUCUAUUUUCGAUAUAUGUGCUAUCUUUUUUUUUGUGAGAGUAUUCAUAGAUGAUUUCAGAUAAAAUGUAUAUUCUAUGAUAUAUAUUUUUAAUUAUAACAUAUAUGAAUCUGCUUUGAAAUUAUAGUACAAAUUGGCAUGUUCCAGUGAGAAAAAUGCGUAGUAAAUCAACUUUAAACAGGCUGCCAAAAUACUUACAUUUAAUCUGUAAACUGCCUUUUCUAUCAUACUCAUAUUUGUAUACUAUAUGUAUAUCAUUUUUUUAAUGAUAAACAUAGUAUUGCCAUUAUAUAAAUAUAUGUUAUUAUAAGACUGUUACUCUUUUCUACACACAUAAGCUUGCCAGCUUUUCUAACAAGUAGCGUCUGAUUAAGAAUCAGUAUCUGUAUUGCAAGAAAGUUUUGUUACAAUACUUACGUUUUUUUCUUCUUUUUUACAAAGCAGUAUUCAUAUAGUUCGUCCAUAUACAAUUACUGGUGGUACAAAUGCAAAGUAGUGCACUAGAGAGAAUUACACACGAGAAGUACGAGAUAUUGUAGAAAGAUUUUGUCUGAUAUUUCAAAUGUCCAUUUUUUCAUUUCGCAUAAUAAUACUCAAAAGAGUAUUAUGUACACUCACAUUUUAUAAAUAAAUGUAUCGCGUUUUCACAAUAUGUGAUACACACACACACAACAUUCCUUUAAUUUUUUAAUACAUAGUGAUGUAUUACAAAAUUAAUAGAAAUAUUUACAACAACGUUCUCAUUGAGAUCUCAUUCGUUUUAUAUCUGUUUUAUAAAAGAAAAAUAAAAAUGAUUAUUAUUCACUCUCCAUACUAUAUAUGUUGGCUGGUCUUCUUUAUAAAUAAUAAAGUAUCUUUGUACAGAA